GUUUAUCCAAAACAAAAGUAGAUGUGGAAAUUGGAAUAGCCAAAGCCAUAGCCAUACGGCAGUACCCACCCUUGCAGUGUUGACUAUGCUGCUAGCUCAACCCAUUUUCCUCUCUCGCAACUUUCCCACUCUCAACAACCGAAACUCGAGAACUUCUCUUCAACUUCACAACCCUCCUGCACUCAUAAGAGUUUCACCGCAAAGAACGCCAAUAAUAGCCUCUUCUGGUUGUUUUGGUUGCUUCGUAAAACCGCUUGAUGUCAGAACCAAAACCUCGCUGGGUGCGUUUUUUAAGAAAAGAAAGGGUUGUGCACAUAUUUGCCAUAGUUUGAAGGAAGAGAGCGAGGUUGGUGGGAAUGGCAAUAAUGGAAGAGACUGGACGACCUCCAUUUUGCUCUUUCUACUGUGGGCUGCGCUAAUGUACUAUGUUUUCUUUCUCACCCCAAACCAGACCCCGUCAAGGGACACGUAUUUCUUGAAAAAGCUCCUGAAUCUGAAAGGAGAUGAUGGUUUCAGAAUGAAUGAAGUGCUAGUAUCAUUGUGGUAUUUAAUGGGCUUGUGGCCAUUGGUAUAUAGCAUGCUCUUGCUUCCAACCGGAAGAAGCUCAAAAAACAAUAUUCCUGUAUGGCCAUUCCUGAUACUUUCAUGUUUUGGUGGUGCAUAUGUUCUUCUUCCAUAUUUCGUACUUUGGAAACCGCCAGCUCCUCCUGUCGAAGAAACUCAGCUUAAAACAUGGCCUUUGAAUUUCCUGGAAUCAAAAGUAACUGCAAUGAUAUCACUUGCGGCAGGGGUAGCCAUCAUAACUUAUGCUGGUCUAGCUGGACAAGAUGUGUGGAAAGAAUUUUACCAGUACUUCAGGGAAAGCAAAUUUAUCCAUAUUACGUCCAUUGAUUUUAUUAUACUUUCCACAUUUGCACCGUUUUGGGUUUACAACGAUAUGACUGCUCGAAAACGGUUUGACAAAGGUUCUUGGCUCCUUCCCAUAUCAUUGAUACCAUUUUUAGGGCCUGGUUUAUACCUUCUCCUGCGGCCAUCAUUAUCAACAGUGGCCAUUUCACAGACUCCUGUUGAGCCAGAGUAAAAUUUCAUGUGAUUACUGUCAAGUGCCAACAAUACAAAUACACAUUUUCUAUGCAACAAAAUUGAAUUUGAUUUCAAGUUUGGUUCAGAAAGACAAUUCACCUACAACACGGUGAGAGCAGCUUGCCACCCUACUUACUAGUCCAUAAAAAUAUUGAGAUCCAUCAGCUUAUGCAUCAUCUGGGGAGAUGGAAACUUCUUCUGCUGUAUGUAAUAAUUUCAUGGAGAGAAGUUUCACAUUUACCUACAUUUUUACUAGAUGAGAUCCAGUUUCUAAGAAACAGAAAUAUUGCUUCUGUGACAUUAUUUACCCAAUCAUAAUCUAAGUGCUCAAGUAACUCUAGGAAAAAUUCCAUUUUAAGGUCUUUCGAAGUGCUUAUUUCAUUGAAAGGUUAUGCUGUCCUUUUUAUUUUGGGAGUUA